AUGCGGUCUGGCUUGGAUAAACCUGGUGCUCUUCCACUCCUCAUCCUCAUUGUGUUUUCGCUUCUCACAUUGGUGCCAUCACUACCGAGUCUCUACCAUUCGAAGUUUGCGGACUUCAGCUUCUACACCGGCGCAGUUCGCCGUAUGUCCCGCUUUCCGCCACCCAGCUCAUCCGAGUCAACUAACCAAGUCGACUGUCCAGAUGUUCCUCUCCUUCAAGAUAGUGUCACCGAAUUAGCACCGAAAGCACCACCGCCCAACGAGCCUCUCAAAUCAUGGGUUCUUGCUGCGUCACAUCGAUCGCGAGGUAAUCGCCCACCCGUGACUGCGCGGGUUGGAAAUGCCGCUGUGGUCCCGCCCAGCGAAACGACCGCUGUCGCAAAUAAAAGUCGACUUGCAUCGUCAACCCGCGAAUCCUCAUUUUCAUUCAGUCGCAGAGCCCGCGCAUUCAGAACCUACUUCAUCCAGCAAUUAGACGACUACCCAUUCCUCGCCUCAUUUUCCAACCGCAGCCUAGUUACGGGCUUGACGCAUCCGGAUCCUACCAUCACCAUCAACGAAUCCCUACCAACCGCAUCCGACAUCGAAUCUCUUCCAAACAUCUUGUCAUAUAAUAAUUCCUCCGACAGCAUUCAGACGCCACCGUUGCCACCUCCUGCCUCACUCCGCGACAUGUUCCAGCAGGCCUGCCAUGUCGCCAUUGAUUUUGGAAAGCGCGUCGGACUCCACGGAGCAAAUUAUGCGAAAUCGAUAUUCCCCGCGGAGCAGAUCAACGGCGCUUCUAAAUUAUUAAUACCCGAAUCCACGAUUCCCAACGCUGCCGCCUCAAAUCAAGACCUAAUCACCGCAUCUGAGCAAGCACCGCCCCAACAAAAAGUUGGCGCUGAGGAUUCCACCGAUGCUGCCGCUGGUCGGCACUCACAUGAGCUCCAUGGAAGCUGUAUGGCCGUUGUGAUCGGUCUCGUUGCAGGCAUCAUGUGGUUCUAG